AUGGCGGCCUCCUUGAAUGCCAUGCCCGGUGGAAUAGAAGAAGAUUUUGACGAAGAUGAUGACGAUUUAUGUAUUGACGAUGAUUAUAUUGUGCAGAAGAAGCCUGCAUGGGAUCCAUUCGAAAGUUCUGGAAUAUGUAAUGAUAAAGACCCAGGAUUAAGAAAUGCUGGUGGAUUUGGACGUCCUGCAAAACCAAAAAGUAAUACUGGAAAGAUUAGGAGAGAUUUGAAGGGAACUACCAAUAAUGACACACUGUCGGUAGGGAUGGAUGACUAUAGGACAGCUGCACUGAGAGACAAUGUUGAGAUGAUAAAGUCAUUAACGGAGAAAGGGUUUGACAUAGAUACAGAGCUCCGUGCGGGAUGGACCGCACUAAUGUAUGCUGUCAAUAUGGCCAACUGUAGUGUCGUGGAAUACCUGCUGAACAAUGGAGCUAACCCUAACAGUCAUGCAGACCUUUACUCAGUUCUGAUGGCUUGCUGUGCAUCUACCUCCAGAUUUACUGACCGCCUAGAAAAAUGUGUGAAAUGCCUUCUUGAAAAGGGAGCUGAUGUAAAUGCCCAUGACAGAUACCACUUGACCCCUCUUAUGUAUGCAGUGCGGGAGGGGCUUGUUGGGGUUGCCAAACAACUAGUAGAUGCAGGUGCUAACAUUGAUAAACAAGACACACGGGGAUGGACGGCCCUGAGCUGGGCCAUCAGUAAAAAUAAGGAACAGUCUGUCAAGUUCUUACUGGACCACAAAGCUGACACGAGGAAGAGACACUGUGAUAAUACAACAGCUGUGGAACUGGCUGAAUUACAGGAAAACUCAAAGAUACUAGAGCUUUUAGGCACUGGCUCAGUCCAACAAGUAGCAGCCCCUGUGAUUAAUGGUCUACCCCAGCCUCGGGCAUGUCAAGCACUCCUACCAUAUGGCCACCCAGGGCAUUUGGUGCAGAAAACAGAGGAACCAGUGGGCGAGGAAAGGUACACCAAAUGUGGAGAACUGGAGCUGUUUCUUAGUGGCCUUGACCUUAGUCAUUUCAUUUCACUUUUCCGUGGACAGCAGGUUGACUUUGCCACAUUUCUGCGGAUGUCUGAUGAUGACCUCAUUAAGAUGGGUAUUCAUCAGCUAGGUGUUAGGAAGAAGAUACUAGAUGGAAUACAUGUAGUCCACAGGAAGGAAUGGCAAAACACCAGUAUUCCUUCAGUACAGGCCAAGAACAUCAGUUGUGCUGAUUCUGUUGCCAUGGUAGCCAAUAUUUGUAAACACAUCAAGUACAUCUCUUCAACAGUUGGUUUCAUCAGAGAACAGAUAUCCUCUCAACCACAGUUUUUAGAAAAUCAGGAUGGUACAAGUCCUUCACAAAUCCUCAGUCAUUGUCAGGACACUAGUAGAAAUGUAUCAGACUUAGAGAAGGAAAUCCAGCUCCUCAACAGACAAGUAAAAAAGAUUGUGGACUCCAACUACUAUGACCCACCAGAUAAAGUGAAGAAAGUGCGAAUACGAAAAUAUAAGUUGAACCUGAGACGAGUGUUUGUGAUAGGACUGUGUGUUAGCUCCAUUGGGAUUGUAUUCUGGAAGAGAACCUCUGUACAGCAACUGUGCACUAGAUACUUCAAUAACCUGAUCUCUAGAUGACAUCUAAUACAAAAUGG